AUGGCACCAGUGAUAGAAAGACCGUUAUUUCCUCAGGCGUUGGCCACAUCGUUUGCCACGCGGUUGCGCAACGAGAACACGUCAUUGUAUGUUGCGGCGGUGCCCUCGAGAAGCACCAAGAGGGCACACACUGCCAUCAACUACGCAGAGUUUGAUAGGGAUGACUUUUUGUUUGAAGAUGACGAAGACAAAGACGAUACAUACGAUUCCGACGAUGAUGGGAUCACCAGACGCGCAAACGCGAACCCCACCAUUGACCUAUCUAACUUUCAGGGUAAGGAAGCACCCAAAACGCGGCCAAUAGCCUUCUCAGAACAGGAGCUUCGCUACAAUGCGUCGUUGCCCGUGGUAAUGGUGCCGAUCAAGAUCAACUUGGAAUACAAUUCAGCUAAGAUUUCGGACGCGUUUAUGUGGAAUGCCAAUGAGUCGUUGAUCACUCCAGAGGCGUUUGCUGCAACUAUGUGUCAGGACCUAGAGCUUCCUCCUUCAUACCAGCAGCAAAUAGCUUCCUCUAUUGUUUCGCAGAUAGAGGAGUAUCAGGCUAUAGCUGCCACGCCUUUGCCCAAGGAGGGCGAUGGACUACACAUCAUUGUGCAUCUUUCGGUUAACCUUGACAAAGAUUUGUACGAGGACAAUCUCGAGUGGGAUUUGUUGAACGAAGACUUAACUCCAGAGGACUUUGCAUAUACCGUUGUUUCGGAAAUGGGACUUUCUUCCGAGUUCAGACCUGCCAUAGCACAGGCGCUCCACGAGAUGCUACUCAAGAUGAAACGCGAGUUUCUCGAAAAUCCCCAGCUGGCUCUGUGGCAACUACAAGACCUGCCUAAGCAGAAUAAGGUGUAUCAGACAUCUCCAGAGGUGCUUUCGGGCGAGAACUACGAGUGCCAGGGACUGAGAUUCGACAUCAAGGACCUUGGACGCGAAUGGUCGCCCACCAUCGAGACUUUAUCACAAUGGGAGAUUGAAAAGCGUGAGAUUGAACGUGAAAGAAACAUCCGCAGACUCAAGCGCGAGUCCAUGCGUGUUGGAGAGGAGUUCCCCGGAGGAAAGCGUCGGAUGUACAGGCGGAGAUACGACGAGCUGGAGGGCACAAUGAAGCCAUUGUGA